CAGUACUUCUCCACCUGUCUACUCAUCAAAACCAAAGAAGCCUUGCAGAGAGAGGAGCCAUAGAGUGUAACGGUUGUUGGAAGGAGAGGACCAAGAUGCAGCGUGUGGCUAUGUGGCUCCCAACAGUGUUGGCAGUGUUUCUGGGUGCAGCCCCUGACCUCUUCUUCAGCCAGCAGUCCUUGGAUGAGUCCUUCAGUGACACCAGAGCAGUUGAACCAUCUCACUGCUCACAGGGAAUCAAGGUGGACAAAGACUUUGGUGGGAAUGACAUUCUGUCGGUGUAUGAACGGGACCACCAUCAUUGCCAGCUUGCCUGCACUCAGAACCCUCAGUGUUCCUGCUUCAGCUACGUGGUUAAAGAAUUCCAUUGCUAUCAAAAGUAUUCCUCUGGUCAACCAACUAUGACAAACAAUCCAGGAAUCAUAUCUGGUUACACUAGGAAGGAAUGCAGUGAAGGUCCAGCAGUAGAGAUACCAGUGUUUACUCUGGUUAGUGAGGGGAGGAGCAUGGUGGAAGCCCAGAAGUUCUGCAGGGAGUACUACGAGGAACUGGCCACCAUCUUCAAUGCUGAGGACCAGAUAGCAGCUCUGAGAGCAGUGUCAGCACAGAGCCUCACUGACGCUGCCUGGGUGCACUCCCAAUACAAUGCUUUUUGUCCCAGAGUGGGCUUUUGGAAUCCACCACAUGCAAAGUGUGUUGUUCGUGGACAAAGUGCAAAAGUAUGGGGUUUGAGAGAUUGCACAAAUCCAUGUCAAUUUGUGUGCCAGAAAAGCACACAAUCAAAAAAUUCCUCAGAGCUUAAAUAUUACAUGGGUCAAGGUUCAUUGACGUGGGAGGGGGCACAGACGACUUGCCGAGCCAAUGGAGAUGACUUAGCGAGCAUCCUCACCCAAGAGGAUUACACAGCAUUCCAAAGCAUAACAGAGACACAGCAGUUUGAUAUGUGGAUCGGACUCUACUGGAAGACUUCUACCAGAAUGUGGCAGUGGUCCAAUGGGGACCCCUUUCCAUACUGUGUGUCUGAGCCUCAACUGGGUGCUAGUAACUGCUGCUCCCUGACCCGUCAGGGCCAUGGACAGACUGAACACGCCUCCCUGGAUAAGAUAAACUGCUCUCUGAAGAGGCCGUUCCUUUGCACUGGAAAAAAGAGAAUGAAGCAGACCAUUGUAAGGAUGUCUCUGAAAUCUAACUCAGGAGCUGACCUCAAUGACCCAGUGGUAAAGGAACAGAUGUUGGAGCAGAUCAGAAAGGAGUUUGCCAAGAACGGGCACUUCCUCAAAGACCUGCGCUGGAGAGAACUGCCGAAUGGAGACGUUUUUCACAAAAUAGUUGAACUUGGAAGCCCUGAAGAAGGUCACUGUGGGUCUGGAUGAAGAGGACCAACCAUGAUGAUGCAACAGGAGAGGGAUGGAAGGUCCAAGAAAACUAAAAUAGUCAAGCUCUCUGUAAAUAAUCCUAGUACCUCAUAAUAUAUGACCGUAUAUCAAAAACAUUGUCUUAGAAAUAAGAUGUUAUGUUGGGCUAGUUUUAAACUCUACAAUGUUUUACUAUUGUAAAAUCAAAUUAGACUUGGUGUAUGAAUUUAAUGUAAUAAUGUUUGCUGUACAUAAGGUCAAUUUGAUUAAUGAAGAGAAGUUUGUAGUUUAAACAUGCAUAGUAACACCUUUUAGUGAGGGAUCUGCAUUGUAUAAUUCUUCAUAAUGAUGUUACACACUCACUCAUGGAUGUAACUGUCGAAUAUGUUUUAAUUAGUGGCAUCAGUAUUACCAUUUGUUUCACCCUCCAGCAAGAAUGGUGAGAUGGGGACACAAAUGACAACAUAGAAGUACGUGCCCACUUCCAUGUGGCAUGGUUCAGAGAACUGUAAAGAUGGAGACAGAGAGAAUGUUGUGGGUGUGACAGAAUGACACUAUCCAUGUUAUCAAGCUAAUCAAAGUUUGUAUAUCAUAAUUUUCCAUUUUGUCAUGGUUUGUUGACUGUGUCAGCUAUUACAGUCAUAAACACUGGCUCGUGGAUAGCAGGGGAGAGGUGUGGGGUUCUUGCCCUUAUUCAUGUAGUUGAUGGCUGUUAUACAUGAAUCACCUUGAUAAACCAAACACCACAGAUCAGUUUGUACCUUCACUAAGAUUUGACAACCUACAUUUAAUUUAUCUUGUUGUUAUUUAGCAUGUAUCUAAAUUGACAUAAAGACAGGGAAGUAAAAGCACAUCCUAACUACUUAUGACACUAAACUCCAACUAAAUAGGAUAUCAGGAACUAUAGGCUUUUGUACGUCCAGAAUGGCAUUUCACUUUGUUAACACAAUUGGGUAUUAGGCUGCCAUAGCUCUGCAGGUACUGCAUAGAAAACAGGACUUUACUUAUGAUCACUGGAUACUAUGAUACUCCUAUAUUCAAACAGCAUGUUUCUAGCCAAAUGCAUAGACAGGGGUAGUUGUAAUUAUACUGCAGUAUGCUCUUAUUGUACUAUGUACAGGCUACUGCUGUCUAAUUAUGAAAUAUCUUGAUCAACUGACCUCUGAUCUUGAACUCCCUCUCUUUUAUAUUCAAAAUACUGGUAAAUAUUUUUCAGACCGAAGAUAUAUACUCUAAUUGAUUGCUCUGGCUGGGGCCCAUGCUUCACCUCACCUAGCUUCUCUAAACACUGAGGUUUGAGUUAUGAUUGUAAUGCAAUAUGUGGUUAUCAUAUUGUUCAAUAUGAGUGUCCAAUGGUCUUAAAAGGCAAAUGAAAAUGGCUAGGAAUGCUUGCUAAGUUAUUCAAUAGAGUCUCCAAAGGAAAAUUAGCCAAAAGGGCCCACAAACAGUGUACCUCUCCCAGAAAGACAGGUUUAGGGUUAAUUCCAUUACAGGGGGAGAACUGGCAUGAAAAUUGUCAAUUAAGAUUUACCUAUAAUUUCCCUGAGCCAAAGCCUUGAUUUUACCAAUCAAACGAGGAGCAGGACAUAUCAAGUCGUCUACAUUGAGUGUACAAAACAUUCGAAACAACUUUCGAAUAUUGAUUUCCCACCCCCCCCUUUUCCCCUCAGAACAGCCUCAACUCUACAAGGUGUUGAAAGCAGGGGAUGCUGGCCACAGUUGUGCAAAGUUGGCUGGAUGUCCCCUGGGUGGUGGACCAUUCUUGAUACACACAGGAAACUGUUGAGCAUGAAAAACCCAGCAGCGUGACAAUUAAUGACACAAAACGGCACGCCUUGCACCUACUGUUCAAAGACCCUUAAAUGUUUUGCGCUGCAUAUUUACCCACUGAAUGCACACACAUACAAUCCAUGUCUCAAUUGUCUCAAGGAUUAAAAAUCCUUCUGUAACCAGUCUUCUCCCCUUUAUUAACAUUGAAGUGGAUUUAACAAGUGAGAUCAAUAAGGGCACAUAGAAUUCACCUGGAUUCACCGUGUCAGUCUACUGUAUGUCAUGGAAAUAGCAGGUGUUCCUAUUGUUUUGUACACUCAGUGUAUAACACCACGGUGAUUUGAACUCUAGUCUUGGUCAUAUUCCAUCCAAAGAAUAGCUAAUUGUAAUUGGAUUAUUCCAAGCAUAAGUUAUGUUUAUGUACAGUAUUUGGGAAAUGUUGAUCUUAGGUUAUGUUGAUCCUACAUGAUCUUAACAAUUAUUUUGUAAGAUAUUAUACCACCU